AUGACUUCUCUCAGUAACGCACAGAAUGGCGCGCCGCAGCCACUUAAUGCAUCCAAGCUCAUCUACACAUUUACCGAUAGCCCACGCGACGUUCCUGAUCCAGCUAUUGCUUGCACUGGUAAAGAGACAAUUUGUACCGACCAUAUGAUACUAGCGACCUGGAAUGCCCACACAGGCUGGUCCGCUCCCGAGCUAAAGCCCUACGGUCCACUAACCCUCAUGCCUACUGCUUCCUGCUUGCACUAUGCAACCGAAUGCUUCGAGGGUCUCAAGGCUUACCGCGGCUACGAUGGAAAGCUCCGUGUCUUUCGUACGGAACAUAAUGCAGCUCGCUUGCAAAUGUCCGCUAACAGGAUCUCCCUACCUUUCGUCGACUCGAAAGAGCUGCAGCAGCUUAUAUACGCGCUUAUCUCAGUUGAUGGCUCUAAAUGGCUGCCGAAAAGCCGAGCAGGAGACUUUCUUUACCUGCGGCCUACGCUCAUCGGUACUCAGCCGUCUCUUGGCGUUCAAGCGCCCCAAAGCGCCAUGCUCUACAUCAUUAUGGGUUACAUGCCGCGGGUGGACUCUGUGCCAGGUAGGAUGAAGCUUCUAACAUCCCCUGAUAAUUUGGUACGUUCUUGGGUCGGUGGCUUUGGGUACGCCAAAGUGGGUGCAAAUUACGGGCCGUCAGUUCUUGCCUCUCAGGCAGCCUCCCGAGAAGGUUUCCAUCAGACGCUGUGGCUAUAUGGAGAGGACGGUGAGUGCACUGAAGCAGGAGGCAGUAAUUUCUUCGUGGUAUGGCUCCGCAAAGACGGCAAGAAGGAGCUCGUCACCGCUCCUCUGGAUGACAGACUGAUCCUGGAUGGCGUCACCCGACGAAGCUGCCUUGAGCUCGCAAAGGAGAGGCUCAGUGAUGAAUUGGAGAUCACUGAAAGAAAGUUUACUAUUAAUGAGAUUAUUGACGCAGCGGCUGAUGGUCGCCUGUUAGAAUCAUUUUCUGCAGGAACUGCGUGGUUCAUUACUCCCGUCUCGCAUAUUCGUCAUAGAGAGCACGACAUCAAGAUUCCGAUGGGAGUGCAUGGUGAAUCGGGAGAGGUGACUGGCAAGAUCAAGGGCUUCCUGAGCAAUAUCAUGUAUGGGAGGGUUCAACACCCGUGGGCUGCUGUGGUUCCGGAGCGGACUACGUAG